AUGCCGGGCAGAGCUGCAUUAAGAAAGAGACCGGUUAACACAUCAAUUAUAUCUCCUGUCACAUCCAGAUCAACUAGAAGGAAAGUUACAGUUGAAAAUGAGAAGCUGAAUACAUCAGAAGUAGUCCACACAACCAAAUUGGACGCGUUUGUCUUUAAAGAAGAUAAUUCGACAUUUAUUGAUGUCGACCAGAAUCAAGAGCAAGAACAAGAGCCAAAACAAGAGCCAAAGCAAGAGCCCAAACCAGGCCCUACACUUGUCAAGAUAGAGCACAUAGCAGUUGAGAUAGAAAAGGAAGGGCUAGAUUCAGGUCUAAACCGAGACCUGGAACAUAUGACGACGCUGGCGUUGUCGCCGGCACACGAGCCAAAUGUUUUUGUAAAAGCAGACCUUGAAGAUGCGAAUAGUCAUAGUCCCACAAAUUGGGUCAAAAUUUAUAACGAAGUAGUUGAAUUACGCUCAAAAUUUUUUGCACCGGUAGACCACCAAGGUUGUGAGUCCAUGCCCAACACAAUCACCCCAAACUUGAAGACAAAGGACCCCAAAAAAUACAGAUUUCAACUCCUAAUAUCCUUGAUGCUUUCUUCUCAAACCAAAGAUGAAGUCAACUACGAUGCAAUGGUUAAGUUGGAGAGAGGUUUACUGAGACAUUUUCCCAAAUUGGGAUUCUGUCUUGAGUCAAUGUCAAAACUUAGUCCUAAUGAAAUUGAUGCAUAUAUUGCCAAGGUAGGUUUUCAUAAUCGCAAAGCACAGUACAUUCAAAAAGCAUGUCAAAUCCUUAUCAAUGAUUUUAACGGCGAUAUACCAAAAACAAUACAAGAAAUUGUCAAACUUCCUGGUGUAGGUCCCAAGAUGGGGUAUUUGCUACUACAAUGUGGUUGGGGCAUUAAUCUGGGAAUUGGUGUUGAUGUACAUUUGCAUCGACUAGCUGAAAUGUGGCAUUGGGUAACUCCCAAGGCAAGUACACCCGAGAAAUGCCGAUUAGAGCUAGAGAGCUGGCUACCAAAGAAAUAUUGGAUUGACGUCAACCCUUUGAUGGUGGGAUUCGGUCAAGUUAUAUGUGUUCCCAGAGCUCCUAACUGUGAUAUAUGUAGUUUGGGUCGGAAAGGUUUAUGCAAGGCUGCCGAUAAAAGAUUGUUGAAGACUCCGAUAUCAGAUGCAAGAAAGGUCAAGUUGAUGAAGCAAAGAGCGGAUUUGACAAAUUUGAUUGAAGAGUUCUCUGCGUAA